AACAAGGUCGGAUGAGACCGGAGAGGUCGAUCCAGAUACGGCCAUGGCUCUGAAAAGAUCCUACCCCUCGCUCCUGCUGUCCCUUGUCCUGCUGGGGGCUUGGCUGGCUCUGGCCAAUGGGCAGUCCGGGCGCCUGACUAACGACCGAUUCCUGAGACGGCACUGGGGCAACCCGAAGACCAAAGUCACCAACAACACCUCUUACUGUAACCUGCUAACAAGUGCCCGGGGAUUAGCCAAGAAGAACAACAUCUUCAUCCACGCGCGCAUUGCAGUCAUCAACAGGGUCUGCACUACGGGCGGGAGACCCACUGCCGGCAACCAACGUCAGAGCAUCCGUCCCUUCCGUCUCACUACCUGCAAACUUAAAGCAGACGGAAGCACUUAUACCGAGAAACAGUUAACCCGCCGAAUUGUUGUCUCCUGUAGGAAUAGGCUCCCUGUACGCCUUGUGCGGAUCAUUAGGUACCGACCCUCGGUGUAGAGAGCAGAUGGGGAAGGGAGGCCCUACAGCAUCCUCUAAUCCCACCCCGUCCCUUCCACACUGGCCACCACACCCAAAUCUGAACACUGGUCUGAUUGCUGAGGUGUCUCCACCCCUAGUGCCCAUUAUACACUAUAACCACCCCUUCCCCAUCUUGCACUCCCUUC